AUGUCUACAGUCUGUCUGUCUUUAGUAUCUUUAGCAUCGGCUAUCGCGUUGUGUGGCGCUGCCGCUGACCUAAAAUUUCCAGUUGGCAUCGAGCAAGAUCCCCAGUUGUCUCUGGCGAAGUUCAAUUCCAUUCUUUUGACCGAGACUGCCUUAGAAUUCACAGCAUCCACUAAGUCAGUUCUUGGAAAGUCCACCGAGGAGUUAUGGCAGGAAUCAAUACAAUCUGCUUGGCUGUCGGCAGAAAUGAAAGAGGAAGAAGAUGAUCAGAACCAUCGAGUCAGGAAACGAGGCGUAGUAGGAAACAGUGGGGCAAGUUCAUUCUUGAUCUGCGAUGCAGUGAUCGGAAAACGAGGCGAAGACGCGAAGAAGGAUAUUGCAGCGGUGUUGGGUGAAACGAUGAUUACCGUGUACAAUAGGCGAGACAUGUCCUGCUUUGCACUUGAAGCGUUGCCGUCAGAGGUUAGGAAGUUGCCCAGGGGUAUGCAAUCGAUCCCAAUGUUUCCAGAGAUGAAGUUGCAACAGGGUCUGUUUGACAUCCUCGAAGACCAUGAGGCCCCGAUAAAAGGCGUUCAGGCUGUCUUUUGCCGAGGAGGAAGCAAGUUAACUCGCGAGACACUCCUGGGAAGUCUCACGAAUGAAGACAGAAGGAGCCGCCGACUUGAAGAGUUCCUCCAAUCGAGGAAUACUAGACACAAUGAUAGUGAGCCAAGGUUGCACCGUCGGCUCGAGGGGUUUGCCGAUGAAUCGUGUAUGGAAAUGGUGUCCAAAGUUGGCUUCAGUGUUCCCACUGAUGGAGAAGAUUUCGCCACAAUCACGUUUCCCGAUGAUGCCAGAAGUCAGUUUCCCCAGCAGUGUUCUUACUCUCUUUUGAUUGAUUUGGCUCUUCAUGCCGAGGUCUGCUUCAUUGGUGCGUUGCUGCAUGUCAAGCCUCGAAACUCAGUCGCCAGUGGCAUCAUCCAGAGCGGGGACAAGGAUGACAAGCCCUUCCAUGAAGUCGGGCUUGAUGGGAGAGAUCAAAUUGUAGCAAUAUCUGACAGUGGGCUUGAUGUGGACCAUUGCUACUUUUGGGACCCAGAUAAGUCUGUACCCAGAGACACAUCUAAGACCUUCGAUCCAUCUCCCCGGAAAGUGGUACAGUACCUUGCUUAUGCCGACUCGCAGGACGUCGCGGGUGGCCACGGGACACACGUAGCGGCAACACUUGCUGGGCACAGAGCAGUUGAUGGAAGGUCCGAGUCUGAUGAUGGUGAAAAUGGGGUGGCUAAAGCUGCCAAGAUCGCUUUUUUUGAUAUUGGGAAUUCUGUCUACAAUACUCUGCAACUGCCUCCAAAUGUGUUUGACAUUUUCUCAACCGGAUAUGAUGUCAAUGCCAGAGUGCACACUGCUUCCUGGGGGAGUGAUACAAACUAUUACACUAGUUUGGAUCAAGCCGUGGAUGCCUACAUCUCAAAGCACCCUGACUUCCUUCUUGUGGUUGCAGCAGGGAAUCUCGGAGACCUCGGCCUUCACACGGUGGGCACCCCGGCAAUUAGCAAAAAUGCAUUGGCAGUGGGUGCAACAGAAUCCACACAGCCACGUAUCCCAGUUCACAUGAAAGGUCCUGACUAUCUAGCAAACUUCUCCAGUAGAGGUCCCACGGCUGACUUGAGAAUGAAGCCAGAUGUGUGUGCACCAGGAAUCUAUUUGAAGUCGGCCAAGGCCAAUCCUGACGAGGUUGGCGAAUGUGAUGAUACCGAUGGACUCGAGCUGCGAUCUGGCACAAGCAUGGCCGCGCCUGUGGUCGCGGGGGCUGCGACCCUUAUUCGGCAGUACUUUAUGGAAGGUUGGUUAGCAGAGGGGCGAAGAAACCCGGCAGAGGGCUUCCAUCCAAGGGCAAGCCUUCUCAAGGCUGUCCUCAUCAAUGGUGCUCAGGAACUAUUGGGGGUUGAAGAUGCACCUAAUCUCAUCAGCGAGACGCAUGCAUACGACGCUCAUCAAGGGUUUGGUCGAGUGGAAUUGAUCAAGUCACUCCCCAUUGCUGGCAAGAACAACUUCAACGCCAAGGUCGUGAACGCACAGUCCAUUGGAAAUCAUGGGAAGGACGAAUAUGUCCUCCAAAUUGACAAGACGGACAGCUGCAAUGAACCCCUCAGUAUCACCCUCGUAUGGACCGACCCAAUCGUGAGCCCUUUUUGCAUGCAGUGUACUGUGAACGACCUCGAUUUGUAUGUUACCAGCACCAAUAAUCCCAAGCGAAUCUUUCCGAACGGGUUGUCUCAGGCUGACACGCUGAACAACGCAGAAAGGAUUCGCGUGGACGACCCUCGCGAGGGCGACACGUACACAAUCCACGUUGAAGCCAAGGAUUUGGUUUCGACACAGGACUACUCUCUUGUUGUCUCGGGGUGCUUUAAAGAGGUUGAAGAAACCGCGAUUGUCCCGACCUGCCGAGAUUCCGGCGGUGAUGUUGUCGUUUCUGACACCGAGGUAGAAUCGUGCUUCUGGCUGGCAAGGAACUUCGACGACUUCGGUUCCUUAUGUGAAUUGAUCGAUGUUGCAUCUCGCUGCCAGCAGACUUGCAAUUUUUGUGACAAGCUCCUGCUGCCGACAACCUUCGAUGCUCCGGGUCCAAGCCUUUACGCAGAGGUUGGUAACUUUGAAGGCGCCUUCCGCUGGGAUGGCAUAAUGUUUGAAGUUUCAGCAGAAGAAGACUUGCUAAUCACUAGCCUGGACAUCCAUACCUGGCUGUCAACAAACUACACAGUUCAAGUCAAAACGAGAGCCAGCGAAACCGAAGACUGGACAACCGUCUGCGACACAAGAGUCACGGGACAGGGACAAGGGUUGUCAACACGAAUCCCGGCUAAAGCUUUCACCCAAGUAGAGGUCGCCGCAGGUCAGCGCCAGACUCUCUAUGUUACUCUAGACACGCCGGAACUUGUGAUGGAGCCGACUCCAUCAGCGAGAGAAGACAUCACGUUCAGCAACCCCGAGCUGAAGGUUGGUAUGGGCCGCGCUGUCACCUACUCAACAGGCAAGGCGUAUCCAGGGUACACUUGGAAUGGCAAGGUUCGGUACAAGCUAAAGUCAACGGUGAAUGCGGAGCGGCCGCAAUGCGACGACAAGGCCGGGGACAUCACUAUUGAUCCGUUUGUGGGUACAAAACCUUGCAGCUGGCUUGCAGAACACAUGUAUCACUAUCGGCAUGUCUGCUCUUAUGUGGAGCAGUCAACGCAUUGCCCCAGAACGUGUGGAGUUUGCUACAUUGUUUCCCCGUAG